AUGUCAAAGCAACCCAUCCGGCCAGUAUACCAGCGACUCACACCAUCUACAGUGCCAGAGCCAGCGCCCAAGCGAAAGACAUUGGCGGAGCGGGCAGGCGAGAUAGCCGGUGUCCUUGCUGCUCCGCCCAGCUCACGCCCAGUGAAUGGCGCAGUCAAAGCUACCACAUCAGCAGGAUACCGCAAUGGAUCGCAUUCGUCGUCGCUCUCCGCCGCCUCGACGCGCUCGACCGCCUCCUCUCGCAACACGUCCCUCACCAACAGCGUUGGCAGCCGACCAGCCACGUCUAAACGUCCCCACACUUCAAUGUCGCACUCGCGGACUAAAUCACAGACUCCUCGUCCAGCUACUGCUCUAGAUACGAAUGACCCGCCAUCACUCGGAAAGCGCAAGGCAUGGGACACGAAGGGCCGCCUCGAAGACAUCGAGAGUUUGUAUGGUCAGCUCAAGGACCAAAUGGCGACCUCGACUACGAAGGGCGAGAGCAUGAAGGAGCAAAUCGACGUACACAAAACGAGAAUCAACGAGCUCGAGACGAUCCGCGCGCAACUUUCAACCAGAAACGAGACGUUGCGUACCGAACUUGAGGAAACAAGGCUGAAACUAUCCGCUUCCGAGACGGCACUGGAGACGACAAAGAGGACUGCUACUUUUGAGACAGAUGAUAUGAGAAGGAAGUUCCGCAAUGAGUUGGAAGAUGCGCGGGACCAGCAUCAGAGAGAACUCGACCAGUUGCGCGAUGAAACCGACCGACUGACCAGGCUGCACAAGGAGGAGAAGGCUGACCUCGAGAAGGUUCUGAGAGCAGAGAUGGAAAAUGAGCGGAUGCAGCGGAUGAAGGAAUUUUCAGAGUUGCAGACGCGGACGGCACUUGCCCAGCAGAACAUUGAUGUGGACAACGAAAAGAGGGAACGUGCGGCACAGGAACUCCGCCAUGAACUGGGAGAAGUCAAAUCCGACCUGGAAAGGGAGAGGACGCUCAAGAAGAGUCUCCAAGACAAGCUUUCUGAAGCCACUUCUAACACCAUGACCCUCGAAUCUGCAAACAGCGCCAUGAAGGCUAAGAUUGACUUCCUUCAAUCUGACAACAAAUCGCAAUCUCAGGCCUUCACCGACCUGCAGAAGCGUAUGCAGGAAGCCAUCGACUCGGCCGAGGAGACAAAAGCUAAACUGCGGGCCGAAGAAACCCUUCGUCGGAAGCUGCACAACCAGGUUCAGGAACUGAAAGGCAACAUCCGUGUUUUCUGCCGUGUCCGUCCUCCACUUGGCGACGAAAGCAAUUCCGCCGCCGAGAUUGCCUACCCGGAUGCUCAGGCGGACAGUAAAGAAGUCGUCAUUACCGGCCCGGAGCAGAAGAGUGCCAUGGGCAAUAUUACGAGGUCUACGAACCCCUUUGCUUUCGAUCGCGUUUUCGGACCUCGUGCGCAGAACGCCGAAGUCUUUGAGGAAAUCAGCCAGCUGGUUCAAUCCGCUCUGGACGGCUACAACGUUUGUAUCUUCUGCUAUGGACAAACCGGUUCCGGCAAGACCCACACGAUGUCUUCUCUCGAUGGUAUGAUUCCUCGUGCCGUCGCUCAGAUCUACUCGACUGCCCAGGGGCUCGAAGAGAAGGGAUGGACGUACAAGAUGGAGGGCCAGUUUGUUGAAGUUUAUAACGAAAACCUUAACGAUCUGCUGGGAGACGCACAUCAGUUCGACAAGAAAAAGCACGAGAUCCGCCACGACCCUGCGAAGAAGCAGACUACGAUCACGGAUAUUACAACGGUGCCACUUGAUACCCCGGACAUGGUUGAGCAGAUGCUUAGCAACUCUGCCAAGAACCGGAGCGUAGCAGCGACAAUGGCCAACUCACGCUCAUCUCGCUCGCACAGCGUUUUCAUCCUCAAGCUCAAGGGUAGCAACAGCAUUACGGGCGAGAGGAGCGAGGGCACGCUUAACCUUGUCGACCUGGCAGGUUCAGAGCGUCUGAGCCAUUCCGGCGCUACUGGCGAUCGCCUAAAGGAGACGCAAAACAUCAACCGAAGCUUGAGCUGUCUGGGCGACGUCAUCGGUGCCCUGGGUCAAGGUAAAGAGGGUGGCCACGUGCCUUACCGCAACAGCAAGCUCACGUACUUGCUGCAAUACUCUCUUGGCGGCAACUCGAAGACACUCAUGUUUGUCAUGAUUAGCCCGCUACAGGGCCACCUGCACGAGACGCUGACGAGCUUGAAGUUCGCUACUAAGGUGCACAACACGCACAUCGGUACCGCAAAAAGGCAGGCUAAGGUCAAGGACUAA